AACCUCAAAGUACGAUCGAUAAUUCCUAUGAUUCAACUUGCCCUUUAUUCGUGUCCAUAGUGAGUCUAGCUGGCCUUGUGAUGGUAUGCCUUUUCUCGUACAUUCCCUGCAAUCAACACCCGACCAGCACCGACCACGUUUUCAUUUCCUUCGUGUUUAGGGUCGUAGAAACAACAACGGUGAUAUUUGGAAUCCUACAGCAUUGCUUAAUUGCAACGGAUACCAUUGCCCAUAAAUUUUAAUGUGACAGAGGACCCUUGUUCUUGUUUAAUUCUCUGCAUUACCAUGGAAUUAUUCCGUGUUUGUUUCUUCUAUAUAACUCAACAUUCAGAACUUUUUUUAAAUGAAUCAAAGCACUCUCUUCUUCAUUAUGAAGGCAAAAGAGUUGAGAUUCUCCUUCUGCCUCCCUUUUCGUAUGAACCAAACAACCUCAUCACCAGAGUCCCGAUUCAUCCAUUCUCUGCUUUGAGUGCUUUGGUCAAUCACAUAGAUAAUUUAUUCCCUAAGUAAUUAAUCUGUUUUUAAGAAUUCUCAGCUCCCAGUUUGAUCAUCCCAAUCGACCAUGACGAACUGCAGGGAGCUACUCGGUCUCGUUCUGUUUGUAGGAACUCUUCUCCUAGCAGCAGCAUGGACUACACCGGCAGAACAAGCUAAUGUGAUAUCAUUCCUUCCGUCCCCAGAGCCUGAGUUCGACCGACCUCUAUCCUCAAAGUAUUUCUUCCAAAGUCCAGAAUCUGAUUCUCCGGCCCCUGAUUCCCUGGAAACAGAACCAGAAUCUCUGUCUCCUCUGUACCCUCCCGAGGUCUUUCCAUCUCCCGUAGUUGCAACCGGUUCCCCUCCAGAACCCAGCUUCGAAAGCGGUCCUGCUCCAGAAUUCCCUCCUGUUCUCUCGCCGAUUCCUGAGACUGAACUGGCAGACUCAGACUCCUCCAAUCCAUCCUUACCGCCACCGCUUCCUUCAAUGGCUCCCAUAACUGGGGACGAUAACGAUGCCGAGCCCAGCUACGAGCCAACACCAUCAUCUUGGGCAUUCGAUCAAUCAAACAGCAAUGGCGACGGACAAGCAAUGGAGAACUACAGCGACCAGGAUGGGACAGUGUAUAACUCACCGGAGAAUCGCGAGAGCAAGGGUGGGAGUGGGGUUGUGUUUGGGGUCGUGGCCGGAGUUUGCUUUGUCGGGCUAGGAGGAUUCGUGUACUUCAAGAGGAGGGAGAACGGAAUGGAAAGAAGAUCCAAGUAUGACCAAUACUUGGAGCUAAGCAAAAGAGAAGGUGUUUAAAUCUAAAGUAGAAACACUUAGUCAGCUCUAUAUGUUUCACUUUAUAUAUAUGACGAUGAUAUUACGAUAUGAUGCCUAUAUAUAUAUAUAUAUAUAUAUAUAUAAUUUACAUGUAAUUUUUGUGCUGGUUAGACAUGAUUCAUCUCCUCCAAGGAAUAAUAGUGUUUAUUCCUGUUUUGAUAAAGGGACUAAAAAUUCUUCGGCUUUAGUUCACUAAAAGAUAAUUUUGUUUGUUAUUGAGUUUUAUGUUAUUUCAAACUUCCCCGAAAUCAUAGAAGGAUCCCUCAAGAAAGGCGAUCGUUGAAUCGAAGUUCCGAGCGAGGAUUCCUUGAAGGAACCAGCUUUCACAUUUUCUAAGAUGACUUCCUCUGAUGUUUCUAUUUUAUAGUGAAUUUUAUGAAAGCAAAAGAAAAUUAAGAAAAGUAUAAUAUUAUUUGACAGUCGAAAGUACCAAAGUAUUGAGUCAAAAUUAACAAAAACGAAAACUAUGUUGUCAAAAGUAAUCCCUUUCACUAAAUAUCUAUUAUAGUGCCUGCAAAGAUGAGCAAAAUAAUUAUUAACACAGAUAGAGAAAGGAAAAGAAAGAAGAAAAAGAGAGAGAGAAGAGAAAACGGAUUAUUAUAAUAUCAAGUACCUAGGACCCGUUUGAAAUUUGGAUUUAAUUUUAGAAUCGUAAUUUUGAUUUUUAACUCUACCCACUAAACAAUAAAAACACACGUUUCCCAAGUCAAAUUUAUAAUACCAUCUCAUUUGUCUUUUUUCACAAUCAAAAUUACUUUAACUCUAAAAUCAAACGCCCCCUAAAUAUUUCUACUUUUUUACCUGUACAAUACCUUCCAGCCUUAUUACAACUCUUAUCCUAACAAUUAAAAGAGUCACAAGGUCAUAAAAUUAUUUUCAUAUACAAUUUUUAGAAAUGAAAGAUCUCUUACAAUAUCUUGUUGAAUGGUGAGGCAAUGACAAAGGAAAAUUGUGAAGAACUUCUCAAGUAUGUGAAUUCAGGAAAGAAGUAUGAAUAAUGGUAUCUUCAAACAUACUAUCAAUUUGUUAUUCACGUCCUCAAGCACACUACAAAUGGACAAUAACUGCAGCCAAGAUCUAUUUAACUGAGCCCAACUGUGAAAUCUUAAAUAUUAACCGAUAGAGGAAGUUCAAAAAGAAAUAAGACCAUUGCAUUGAAAACUAAAAGAACCCAAUCCAAUCAGAAGCCCCUGUAAGAUCAAACCACAAAAAGAAUAAUUCUCAGUUUAAUCAUCAUAUUUGGUCACUCUUCAGCAUCUACCUAUGCCCAACUGUCAGUUACUGAAGAGAGGACAGAAUGGCAAUACCUUCUGCUAGAAGUUUGAACAUUUUUCGUAGAGAACUCCAAAAUUUCAACCAUGACCUAGAACACUUUUCAUGGAGAAUACCCAACUUUCAACCAUGACAUAUAAAUCUUGCCACCUUCACUAACAACGACGAAAAAAUUAAAAGAGACGAGGAGAAGAGAAUUGCAUGACUUCUAUCAACCCGCAGCCACAUAAUCACAGUAGCUACUCCUAAUCCAUUACCAUAUUUCAACUUCAGCAACUAUUUUCUCACUUCCCGCAAUCCUCAAACUUCUCUUACUGUGUCCAAACUCCCAAGCCUCAACCCAAACGUAUUGUCCCCUGUAUCUCAAAAUGCCACCUUGCUAGAUUUUUCCUUAAGCUGGAUAUCCAUCUUUGGAGAAUGGUCAGUUCCGAGGCUUUUUCUUUUUUUUUUUCUGAAUAAAAUUUUUGCCACUUGAAGGACCAUCCAAUGUUUCUCACUCUGUUUGAUAUUAGAAUACUCCAUCUCUGACAUUUUAUUUGCAGCCAUUGGUUUCAUCUUCUUAGCAGGCUUAGUGAAUACUUGCUGAGCAAUAGCAGUUUCUCAAUUGCUGUUAUUAUCUUUUUCUUGCCAUCUUCGGCAACUCCGCUAGUGUAACCCUUUUCUUUUUCCCGUCACUCAUAUCUUCAGUUUUACUCAUUUGUACAACUGCAUAUCUCAGCACUCCCAGGCUGUUCGAAAAGAUGCAGAU